AUGGCAUCGCUUCGGGACAAACAGAUUUCGGCGCUCAAGCGCAUGCUGAACCUCAACGAUCCGGGCGUCGAUGCCAGCGACGAGCCCAACCACAGCCACAACUCGCACCAGGCCCAGCAACAGCAGCUCGGUGUGCUGGGGCCCGACGGCGAGCUCAUCUGGAAGGUCCUUGUCUUUGACGACCUCGGCAUGCAGAUUGUCAGCAGCGUCCUGCGUGUCAGCGACCUGCGCGCUCUGGGCGUCACCAUGCACAUGCACCUGUCGGCCAACCGACACCGGAUCGAGGACGUGCCCGUCAUCUACCUGGUCGAGCCGACGACAGCCAACCUCAAGGCCAUCACGGGCGACCUGGAAAAGGACCUCUACUCACCUGCCUACAUCAACUUUUUGUCGUCCAUACCACGGCCGCUUCUUGAGGACUUUGCCUCCGAGACCGUGGUCAACGGCACGCAACAGCAUAUCGCCCAAUUGUACGACCAAUACCUCAACUUCAUCUGUGCCGACAACGACCUCUUCAGCCUCGGCAUGCAAAACGACCACACAUACUGGGCCCUCAACUCGGGCCAGAUCAAGGACGAGCAGCUCGACCAUGUCCUCAACAAGAUCGUCAGCGGCUUGUUUAGUGUCGUUGUGACAAUGGGCGUCAUUCCCAUCAUCCGCUGUCCCAAGGGCAUGGCGGCCGAGAUCAUUGCGACCAAGCUCGACCGCAAGCUGCGCGACCACCUCCUGAGCUCCAAGGACAACAUGUUUGCCAGCGGUGGCCGGCCCACCUCGUCCGCCGGCAUGCCCGUGUCACGGCCAGUGCUGAUCAUUCUCGACCGCAACAUCGAUCUGACGACCAUGCUGUCACACUCCUGGACGUACCAGAGCUUGGUGCACGACGUCUUGGGCAUGAAGCUCAACCGCGUCACCAUUGAGACUCCCGUCGACGAAAAGAACCCCGCCAAGGGCACCACCAAGAAGACCUACGACAUCAACGCCUCCGACUUCUUCUGGAACAAGAACGCGCCCCUGCCCUUCCCGCAGGUGGCCGAAGACAUCGACGCCGAGCUCAGCCGGUACAAGCAAGACACAAACGAGAUCACGCGCAAGACCGGCGCGUCGUCCUUUGAGGACCUGCAGAACGACACGAGCGCCAGCGCACAGCACCUCAAGGCCGCCAUAACGCUGCUGCCCGAGCUGCGCGAGCGGAAAGCGGUCCUGGACAUCCACAUGAACAUCCUGGCCGCCCUCCUGACUGGCAUUAAGGACCGCCAGCUCGACAACUUCUUCCAGAUCGAGGAGAACAUCGCCAAACAGACCAAGGCCCAGGUUCUCGAGCUGCUCAGCGACGCCGCCAAGGGCACCAACCCGGCCGACAAGCUGCGCCUCUUCAUCAUCUGGUUCCUGACCACCGAGCAAGACGUCAGCCGCGCCGAGUGGCCGCAGUUUGAGGACGCCCUCAAAACUGCCGGCGCCGACACCACCUCGCUCGGCUACAUCCGCCAGGUGCGCGCCACCACCAAGAUGACCCAGCUCACCACCGUCCACAGCACGCCGCAGCAGCAGACCGCCGCCUCCACCGACCUCUUUGGUCGCUUCUCGUCCAUCUCGUCCCGCCUCACCGACCGCCUCAAGGAGACGGGCGUGCCCUCCAACCUGUCUGCCAACCUCGAGUCCAUUGUCGGCUCCAUCAAGAACUUUUUGCCCGCCAACCGCGACCUGACUGUUACCAGCAUUGUCGGCUCCAUCAUGGACCCGGGCACCUCCAACAGCUCCGCCAUCAUGAAGACCGAGAGCUAUCUCUACUUUGACCCCCGCAACUCCCACGCUCGCGGCACGAUGCCCCCGCCGUCCAUGGCCCGUGGCGGCGGGGGCAGCCACCUCGGCGUCGACGGUGGCGACGGCUCUGGCUCGUUGGGUGGUGGCGCUGGCACCGGCAUGCCCGGCGGCGGCGGCGGCCUAGGCGGCGGCCAAAACCCAGGCAUAAGCGCGUCCUUUGGCCAGCGGCGGCAAGGCUUCAGCGAUGCCAUUGUUUUUGUCGUCGGUGGCGGCAGCAUCAACGAGUACGGCAACCUGCAAGAGUGGGUGCACCGGACAGGCGGCGGCAAUGACCGAGCCAAGCGGCGGGUAGUCUACGGCGCGACAGAGCUGAUGAAUGCCGACGAGUUCUGCCAAGGGGAGCUGGAUCGUCUCGGACGCGAGACAACAACAUGA